ACAAACAUCAUUUAUACUUAGUCUAAUAUGUUAGCAUUUCAAAAAUCGAUCUAUAUAUUCGUGUAUUUUCUUUGUAUUACUGAGGCUUUUCGCAUUCCACGAAAACUAAAAAGUCAAUAUCUCUAUGAAAAUCCCACAACUGGAAAAGUUGAGGAAACGAUUCUAGAUUCAGACUAUUCUAGAGUUUCUGAAGUUGAUUGGAAAAUAUUUGACAAAAAUGUCUUUACGUUGACCUCCAAAAAACCAUUGCCAUUUGUGUGUAAAUCAACGGCAUCAUAUUACAAGGAUUAUGGAUGGCUGAACAUUAAGCAGCGAAAUGAUAUCAUUAAAUCACCUCGUCCAUAUCUCAAAGAAUUACGUGACAUUAUGUAUGAGAAUGCGAAUGCUGAGAUGUGCCAUCAGCCCGAAAUGUUAAAUGUGCUUCAGUUUCUCGAGUGUCAAGUGCGAAGGCAUAUGCGUUUGGAAUUGGAAGUGCCUAAUUAUCCAGUUGAACCUAAAUAAGACUCAAUUUUAAAAUAACCGCCAAAUAGUGUACUUUUGACUUUCGAUUUGUUAUCGACGUGGUGAAUAAAAAAGACAUUUAUUUCCAAAAA